AGGCAGACACCCUCACCACAUUCAAGAGUAGGCUUAAGACAUUCCUCUUUGAUAAAGCUUAUAGUUAGGGCUGGAUCAGGUGAGUCCUGAACCAUCCCUUAGUUAUGCUGCUAUAGGCCUAGACUAUCGGGGGAUUUCCCAUGGUGCACUGAGCUCCUCUCUUCCUCUCUCUCUCUUUCUGCACUCUUUCAUGUUCCAUUAAUGCAUGUUACUAACUUCACUUCUUCCCCGGAGUUCUUGUGCUUUCUCGUCUUGCAGGUUCUCAUGGAUCCUGGUGGAGCCUCCUGCCAUGGUCCUGCUAGACUGCCAUUGCCAAUACUGUUGUUGCUGUGCACCUGUCUGUCUGUCUGUUGCUCUCUCUCUCUCUCUCUCUCUCUCUCUCUCUCUCUCUCUCACCCCAACUGGUCGAGACAGACGACCACCCACCUAGAGCCGGAGGAUCUGUCCUAGGUUUCUGCCUUUUAACAGGCAGUUUUUCCUUUCCCUUGUUGCCAAGUGCUUGCUCAUGGUGGUACUGUUGGGUCUCUGUAAAUAAUGUUAUAAGGAGUUCAGUCUAGACCUGCUCUAUUUGAAAAGUGUCCUUAGAUAACUUCUGUUAUGAAAAAAAUUGAAUUGAAUUGAAUUGAAUUGAAUUGAAUUGCACAGGGACAAAAAAUAAAUGAACGUUUAAAGCAGGGCUCAGACUUAUAUAAUUCUAAAGAAUUGUACUUUAUACCACAUAGUCAUCUGACAACUAUUGUGUGGAGUAAAAGUGUAGUAAAAAGACUGAGUGUUAUAUGACGCCUUGCAGAAUGUGAGUGCUGAGCUGUCAGGUAUCUUGUGAUUCCUUCCCUCUGAUUGUCUCUUUGCUGCUGUUAUAAAUUCCUGAGUUUUCAGAUGUAACUCCAAGCUGACAGAGGAAUUGACUGGAGGAAAGGAAAUGCUGAGUCUGUUCCUGGGAUGUUUGAGGGAAAACACACACUGACCCAAACCCACACACAACCAAACAGAGAGGGAAAGUUUUUUGGAGAGAGUUUAGGAUAGAAAACAGAGUUCUUUGGUUGUAUUUAGCAAAUAAGUCUAGCUUAUCUAGCCUAAAAUGUGUGCCUGUGCCACCCUCUCUCAGCCCAUUUAGUGAUUUGGUAAUGGAAGCAGCUUUAUUUGUUCAGUGAGUGAUUAUUAACCUAAAAACCUCACUCGAAUUCUGAACCGCAAUUAGGAACCUUUUAUGCUCCAAUGGAUUUUGUUAUUUGACCACCUGACACACACAUAUACAACCUGCAGCAUGAAUAUAAAUAAAAAACAGAUGUAAUAACAAAAACAAACAGUAUGAUGAGGGUUUGUGCCUGUCAGUGCAGUAUGUCAGUAAAGAGUUUGUGUCAAGGGAACCGAGUUACACAGGACAUCAAGCGAAUAUAACUUCAAAAUAAGAGACUAAUGUCAGUAAUAGUGUAGAAUUAGUCAAUUAUCCAGUUACCGAAAAUGUGAUUGUAACUCACAUAGCCGGGAGUUUGAGAAAUAGUUAGGUAAGAAAAAUGCGCAUAGAAAUAGUUUACUGAUACAAAUAAAUAAAUGUAUUAAUAUUAAUAAUAAUAAUAAUAAUAAUAAAGUUUAAAAAUACCAACUUCUUACGAUGCAAACACCCAAUGAAUAAAUACAAGUACAAUACAAAUAACAAAUAUUUAACAACAACUAGAAAAUAGUAAGAUACAUAGAUUCCAGCUCUUCCCCACUGUACCGCCCCACCCCGUCCUCCAAAUGAAUAAUCAACAAUUAUACAUACACAGAAAAAAUAAAUACUACGAAUAAAUAAAUAAAGAAAUGAUAUUUACUUAUUUUUAUUUAUAUUAAACUUUCGAACUUGAACUCUAUUAACGAGUAUUAAAUUCCACAUUUCUGAAUAUAAAGUAUGUACAUUUCUACCAUAUAUUAUAUAUAAUAUAUUAUGAAUUCAGUAUAUUGAAACAACGUCUUUCACCAAAAUAAUCUGCAAACUUGUGAAUCUUGUUUCAAACACACGAUUAAUCUCGACAUUCAUUCAUUUCAAAAGUCAAAUGUUUUUGUCAGUGAGACAUUUAUUUUGAAAAGCUCCACCGGAGCAGUUCCUGUGGUCAGCCCAGACUCUCGUUCUGGGAGAGAAGUUUGGUCGGUUGCACCUACAGACAGGCAUGUGACGGUGUGUUAACUGAUCACCGAGGGACCGAGGAGCCUGUGUUGGACAUGUCAGCCAGGUCGCGCCGAGACACCGGCAGGAAGCUGUCUGCAGACGGCCAGCAGCACCGGCACAGCAGGAUGGUGCAUGGUCUCUCCAGAGACGCCAGUCUGAAGGGAACUCUAUCAGCAUGUGAGGAGAACUUCCCAACAGCUCUGCCCGUGCUGUUGGAUGUGGUCAGAGGUCCCGAGCGUCUUCCUGCAAAUGAGGCAGCGCAGGAAAUGCUGAGAGGGAAACUGCGCAUUCUGCAAGCUGACAGCACCGAGGUCAACGCUCUAUUCAUGGAGUUGUCCACUCACCUCAUCUCCAUCAACAGUGAAGAAAAAAUUAUUUUUGUGACAUUCAAAACAUUUGAGGAAAUAUGGAAGUUCACCACAUAUUACACAAUAGGUUUCUUGGGUCAGUGUAUGGAGAAUCUGUUGUCAGACCAGAAGUUUUGGCUCAGCUCUUUAGAGGAGGAUGUCGCUAUUGAGGUUUCCAUUCAGGAGGACAUGCUAAACCUAAUGUACAAAGGCAUCCUCAUGCAGGAAGGUUCAUUGUUUGCUAGUUGCAGUACCAACCAGAUGUUUGACAGCUCCACAUCUGGAGGUGACCUGUACCUGGAGCAGGGAGACAUAGCCCAGUUUGAGCCUCCCUUCCUGGGCUCUGGGUGGACCGUCCUCUGCCUGGCGGAUGGAGCUCGAGGCACUGCACCCAAACCUGCUCUCGAGCCCGUCAUCCCUUUUCAUCAAUGGUUUCUCAAAAUCGGUGCAGAGAGCAUUUUAGUUGGUGAUGGGAAACCUGCCUGUGACUUCCCUCUGCAGUUUGCGAGAGGAACCUGUCUGGCCACAAUGGAGUAUGAUGCACAGGGCCCAGAUGAGCUCAGUGUUGCACCCGCUGAUCGCAUCAUCAUCGUGGGACUUCUGGUGUCUUGUUUUGAUUGGUUCACAGGGAGGAAGGAGUCGACAGGAGAAGUAGGCCUGGUCAAGACAAGCUUGGUGAAACCAUCUAGUGACAUUUAUGAAUCAGAAGAUAUUUUUUUGGAUGGAGAGGAAGGGAAUUUCUUCAGUCUGCGAGAGGACAAAGUCAUAGAGGAAACUACUGCCUUAUUGAAGAAGAAAUCUCAGAAUGAUACUGGUCAUAACUACAAACUGGAUAUGAUCAGUUACAACUCUGAAAAGAAAACAUCACUCUGCUCUUCAAGCAAAGUCGAUACACAGCUGCCUGACCUGAAAAGAAGUCUUCAGAGGAUUCUUGAUCAAUCAAAAGACUCAGAUUCCGUUGUGACCAUGAACGGGACUCUAGAGUACUCGGCCCUGGCUACAGAGGCAAAAAACCCAAGCCCUCCCUGCUUUACAGUUCACCCAGUUGUAGAAGGAAACAACUGUGAGAACUUCAUUCCCCUCUUCUCUUUUUUGGAGGGACAAAACUACAAAGUAGAGUUUGGCGUCCUGUAUGGACUAAGUUCUGAGCUCCUUGCCUCCUCUACCUUCGCUGGUCACUCUGAAGAAGAUGAGCUGAUUGCCUUCCUGGGUGUUGCUAGAGAAACAGCUAGAAAGAAGCGACUCUUUUGGUCACAGACUCGUUUGUGCUUUCUGUUGGGUAAGCUCUGUGCCGGGAGGUCAAAAUUCAGCCAGGCCCGGGUUUACUUUGAGGAAGCACUCAGUGUGCCACGAGAAGACUUCACGGAUCUCAGGCUGUUGGGCAGCAUCUAUUCCAACCUGGCUGCCGUAUAUCUUUUGCAGAAAAACACUGAACGUUUCUUUGCUGUGACAGAGCGACUUGUUGCCUUGCUAUUGGGAAUCCCAGACUGCCUAGAAAGCUUAGAGGACAACUCUGCCCUUAGAUAUAUCCUCAAGAAAGCUGUCCUCUCUCACAACAAAAUGGCAGAGGCUCGGGCUUGUUACCUGUUGGCAAAGCACCACUGGACUCAUACUGAGGGGGUUCGAGUUGUUCCUUAUCUUGAGAGACUACUUGUUCUUUGUGAUGAAGAUCAAGGAACAUGGAGCAUCUCUCCCAGUCAUGGAUACGUGACCCUGGGAAGGCUCUACAGCGAACUCCAACUUCCCCACCUCAGUGUCAGUUCGGCCAGGAGAGCUUCUCUGCAGUCUUCUGCUACACUGGUUGACUGUCUUAGUAGCAUGGUUCUAGCUUUGGACAAUGUCAACAGACUGUAUGGGAUCACAGAACAGGAAGCCUUCAUCCCACCUCAAGUGGCUCCAUAUUUACACCAAGCCCUCUCUUCUACCAAAUUCCAAGGAGGAGGAAGUGACCAGUAUCAUAUUUUGAGCCAUCAGCUUACCGUUUGUCUCUGUCAACUCUUUUGCAAACACAGAAUGGUUGGACAAGCUAUCUACCAUAUGCAUAACCUCAUCAACAACAAUCCACCUUCACUGCAACUCUUCAGAUCUGUCACAGAAAGAAACAGUUCCCUUAUCUGGCUGGCAUGGCUUCACAUUGACAACCAUCAGCCAGAUGUUGCUUUGGAUAUCCUGGACUUAGUCCUAGCAUCCAUGCCAGAACACUGCACUACCCCCCAGGAAGGUGUGGUCCUCAACAUGCGUGGUGUGGCACUUCGAUGCAUGGGUGACCUCCGGAGGGCAGCAGAGAGCUACCAGGCUGCCGUCGACAUCUGCCAAGAGUAUGAGGACAUGCCAAACUGGGCUGUUGCUCAGGCUAACCUAGGACUGUUAUGUCUGAAGGCUGGAGCUAAAAGACUAGCACAGAGACACCUGACUGAGGCUGUGCAGCUCUUCUCCGAGCUUCAUGAAGUAGGUCAUGAGGCGAACUUCAUCACAGUGCUGCUGGAGCUGGGACAGCACUAUGUGAAGCAGCACCAGCUGGAGUAUGGGAAAGGUUGCUACGAAUGGGCUCUGCUGCUGGCUAUGAAUGCCAGCCUGUUAGACUGUCAGCUCACUGCAACCAAACACCUGUGCCAUCUGUAUGGGUGUGAGAGUCCAGACCAGGCCCAGUGUAUCAUCUAUAGCCAGCACCAGUUAGAACUGCUGAGACGCACAGGAAACAGAGGACAGGAGGGAGAAGCACUGGAGGCCAUCGGCCAGCUCUACCUCUCUUUGGGCACAGAAAGGGCAUACCGGGCGGCUCUCGACAACACCAAGAGCAGUUUGGGUAUUUUCAUCGACCUGGGCUACAGGGAAAAGGAGGCCUAUGGUUGGCUGCAAGCCGGGAAGAUCUACCACCUGCUGGAGCAGACUGAACUGGUCGACCUUUAUGUUCAGGUAGCUCAGGAUGUGGCUCUGAGUACAGGAGACACCAGGUUUAUCCUGAAGCUUCUGGAAGCUGCAGGAGACAUUUUCUUCAACAGCAGCCAGGACCGGGACAAGGCCAUCACUUUCUACAGGGACCGCGCUCUGCCCAUUGCAGGGAAGAGCAACAGUGUUCGUUCCAGGCUGAGGUUGUGUAACAAGCUGACUGAACUGAUGCUCAGUCUCAAGCUGUAUGGGGAUGCUGUGGAGUUUGCUCAGACUGCACUGGACAUCAGUAUCACUCUAGGUGACCAUCUGAAUGAGCGAGUGGCUUACCACCGUCUGGCCUCUCUGUACCACUGUCUGGACCAGUAUGAACUGGCCGAACAUUAUUACCUGAAAACCCUGACCCUCUGUCCAACACCUCUGCUGUUUGAUGAGGAAACACUGUACUAUGUCAGGGUGUACCAGACACUCGGGGACAUCAUAUUCUAUGACAUGAAGGACCCAUUUGACGCUGCAGGCUACUACCACCUGGCUCUUGCUGCAGCCAUGGAUCUGGGCAACAAGAGGUCUCAGCUGCAGCUGUGCACCCGCCUCGCCACCAUCUACCACAACUUCCUAAUAGACCGGGAGCUCUCUCUCUUCUUUUACCAGAAGGCAAGAGGAUUCGCUGCAGAGCUGAAUGUGAGGAGGAUUAAUAUCUCCCCAGAUCAGCUUUAUAGCAACACCUCACAGUACAAGACGAAUGGACAACAGUAAAGACAGUUUGUCAGGUCUUUGUGUCACAAAAAUUGCCUAGAUGAAUGUUCUUUUAUGAUACAGAAAACAUUUGUUUCAUGAGAAGCCUUGCAUUAAGACUACAGCACAGAUUCAACUGAUCCCAAAGGAAAACCAUUUUUAAGAUCUUACUUAAAAAGAUAAUGAAGGAUGGGGUGCCCAGGAUGUCCGUUCUAAUCAUCUAUUGCGUCGUAAAAACUUUCCCUCAGGCCUCUGUUAGAGGUCCAGUGUAUAACACUUAGGAGGAUCUCUUUGCAGAAAUGGAAUGUAAUAUGCAUUAAUUGAUAUGUUUCUACAGUAGCCCAGAACGAACAAACCAAACACUGGCUCAGAUAGGGAAUUGGAAAUAGGAGGGUAAAGCAAGGGAGUUUUGAUCUGCAGCUACACCCCUAUAUGCCACUACAUGCUAUACACUAGACCUUUAUUCUGCAUGAAAUAAGUAAUUGUAUGUGAUUGUUUAGAAACAAUGGGUAAAUGUGUAAAGUCUGUUGAUUUCAUCCUUGCAUGUUUCCAGUAUGUACAUAUGUACAAAAAUGAAGAAAACCUAUUGCAUACCCAUCACACUCAACUAUUGGGAAAAAAAAAAAAAAAAGGCGCCUAUUGUUAAAAGACAUAAAUGAACGGCAAGAAAUGCAUAUUUUAACUGAUUACUCAUAAACAUAAGUAUGUCAUCUGCAUAUUAGGAAAUUUUAUGUGUUCUGGUACUUGUUUGAAUACCCCUUAGGUGGUAACUUGCUCUUUUAGCUUCUGCCAGAGGCUCUAUGACCAAAGCAGAAAGUAAAGGCGACAAGAGACAACCCUGUUGGUACUUUUACCUUUUAGAUUGCAGAGAUUACAAUCAGUCAGUCAAUACAAUAGCUUGUGGAGAUUCAUAAAGUAGUUUGACUUAAAAAUAUUGGCAAAUGAAAAUUCAUGCAGUGUUCUAAAUAAGCACUCCCACUCUACUGUAUACUAUCACAGCUGGUUAUGCAGGGCAUCAGGGAUAGGACCCAAACACAGACAGAUGAGGAAGCAGGAUGACUUCAGAAGAAGAAAAGUUUACAAACAUCUGAUAGGUAGACAGGAGGUAGGUAAUCACAGGUCCAGGUAACAAUAAAAAUAACAGACAUUCGAACACAAACACACAAAGCUAGAAAACAACAAAGAAACUAGGACGAACUGACGGAGUAGGAGUGGAAAUUGGGCUGCAGGUCUGACAUGACAAGAAAUUAUAGGUGACGGCAGGUGAGUAGAUGGGUGGAGCAGUCAGGUGAUGGGGAAAGGAGAGAAUGUCCAGGGCAUCUGGUAGAUGGAUGGUAAUGAAGGGACCAAGGGAUUAUACGGUCAGAUGCUAUAAGAGUUCUGGUAGUUCCCAUUUUGUGUUAUUGAGUUCAAUGACUACAAUGUCCCAUUUCAAAACUCUGUGUGAACUGGUAACUAGUCUGAGGAUGUCCCUGCUGACACUAAAGCACUGUGUUUUUUAUGGAAACUGGAGACAUUGUGACUUUUCGAAAACAACAUACAAAAUGGUUGAGGCGUGGGUCAUUCCUGCCCCGAUACUCAAGUUUGAAACAGGACGUAUCUUGCAAUCCAAGUGAUCUUUACAAAGCUUUGUUUACUCAUUUUAAUAUCUACAUUUUAAUUAAAUACAAUGUUACAAAGUGUGGACAUCUUUAAAGAAGUCAGAAGAAUUGAAGAGGCUUACUUGUUAUGCUACGUCCUGGAUGAUUUUUAAUAAAUCUGCAUGACGCCAAGGUCCAUCCUGUCAGAAUCAAUCAAAUGCUAGAUUGAAGGCUAUGAAUGCCACAAACUUGUUAUUUCUGCUCUUUUGAUUUAUUGUUAUGUUAUCAGCAGGCAUAAUGGGGAUGCUUCAAUGGUAAAUAGUAAACGGUUAAUGGACCUGUGCUUGUAUAGCGCCUUUCUAGUCCUCCAACCACUCAAAGCGCUUUUACACUACGUGUAAUGUCACCAGUAUACAGAGAUUGAACUCUAAAAUGACUGAAGUCUGUCAGAGAUGGAGUUCAUGUUGAGGGGAGAAACAGCUAAAGAAAGAGGAGGUCUAUGAAGCUAUGAUGACAGGCAUUCAUGUUCAAUGAAUAACCAGCUAAGACUGCAAUCAGCCUCAGAAUCUAUGUAAUAAACUUCAAAUAGAGUAGGUCUGCCUUCCUGGCUGCCAUUGCCAAGUGCUUGCUCAUGGUGGGAACUGUUGGGUCUCUGCACUCUAAAAACAAAUGUCUUUUCUGUUUGACAGUUUCCAUCUAUCAUUUUGAGUUGUGACAACAAGUAAGUAAGUAAGGUGAAUUAGCUUUUCCUCUACAAUGAAAGGUUUUUUUAAUACUUUUUUAAUACUACUUAAUAAUUGGUAGCAUAAACACAAGUUUUUAAGUUGAUUACUCAUAAAAUUAAGUUGUUGCAAAUAGUUUCCCCACAUUUUCUAAAAGGCAUUUUAAUUGUCAUGUAUUUCAUAACUAUAAUAAUCAUUUUUAAGUUGACACACAUUUUUAAAUUUUGUUUGUAAGAAAUUAAUUAAUUAAACAAAACUGCUUGGCAAUUAACUGUUUUUAUUUUGAAUUGCAGUUCAAGAGUGUUUGAACACACAUUAUUAAAAACAAAAAUUUUAAUUUUCCCAUACAUGGCCACCAAUCUUCCGCAGUCUUUUUUACACAUUAUACGUUUUAGAUUAAUUUUACAAAAACUGUAACAAACAGCAGCAGACUGUCCCUAUCAAUGUACAUUUAAGUUCCAAUAGCUCAGAUUCCCGUCAGCAAAGCCCAGCACCUUAGUAUAUCCUUUCCCUCCAGGAUUUUGGUGGUCAUAUGGUCAGAUUCUGGGGUGUACUGGUCACCGAUGGUGGCAGUUCUCAUCAGCUGUCUAUCGAGGCCUGCCUCAAACGCUUCUGUGCUCUUGUAUUGGAAAUUAAAAGAAAAAAUACAUUGAUUUAUUAA